CACAAGUCACUCAGCGAUCACAUCUGAAAGUCUUGGCAGGGAUUUUUUCUCUUUUUCUGCUUCACCACGCACUCGGCCAUACAGACACACACAGCGAAAAUGACGAAAUUCGGGAAGCUCAAUCGACCCACAGGCCACAGAAUGUCGAUGCUUAGGACAAUGGUCUCGCAGUUAGUGAAGCACGAGCGGAUUGAAACAACUGUUGCUAAGGCAAAGGAAGUUCGUAGGCUUGCUGAUAAUAUGGUACAGCUUGGGAAAAAGAUGGGAUUUGGCAGACAAGUGACCACUGUUGACACGAGAUUGGUGGAGCCCAAGAUGUUUGAUAAUCAAAAAAUGCAGUCCGGUACAAAAUUCAACCCUUCAACUUCAAAAUUCAGACGUUGGGGCAGGGUUUCACCAUUCGCCAGAUAUGGUCUUCCUAUGAUCUCACUCACUGUUCUUGGAGCUCUUGGACUCGGCCAUCUACUACAGGGAAGCAAGGACAUAGCUAAAGUGAAGGAUGACCAAGAAUGGGAGAUUAUUGAGUCAAAAAAAGCUCUAUCCAGAAUGGGACCUGUUGACGCCUAUAAACCUAAAAAAAUUUCGCUGCAUGAAGAGCUUAAGGCUUUGCAAGAAAAACUUGACGUAGAAGAGUAUGAAUACAAGAAAAUUCAGAGGGCCGUACUCAUCUCAACCGCCGCCCAUUUUUCCCUCAGAACGACCUCCCUACUGUCCCUUUCUCCUCCCAUCCACCACCUCCUCAUAUGCCCCUUGCUCGCCGCCGCCGCCGCCGCCGCCGCAGACCCCAAGAAGCGCGCUGCCGCAAUCAGCUGCCUCAUUUCCGACGUCGACGGUGGAGGGGUCUCCGGCUUCAGCUUCUCCGUCAUAGCGAACAUGCUGAAGAGAGUUGAGCCCCUCGACAAUUUAAUUAUCUCCAAGGGAAUCUUGGAUUCGGCUAAGGACUCCAUGAAGCAGACGAUUUCAACUAUGCUCGGGCUUCGUCCGUCCGAUCAGUUUUCUGUCAUGGUUAGGGUUUCAAAAUAG